AUUGAGUUUCUAUUGAUGUAGCCUACUCUUAUAACCUAAAAUCAUUAACCUUACAUUCAGUGUAGAUAUGAAAAGUCCUCGAAAUACACUGAAUAAUUUUAUUAAACACUUAAAGGCGUUAGAUACUUUAAAAAACCACUCAAUGGGAAAAACUAUAAAAACCUAUAACCAUAGACAAAUAGCAAACAGUAAUAUUUUGCAAGCGUAACAAUGGAAAAACUUAACAUUUGGCUGAUAAUUGCUUUAACGUUCUUGGCGGUCUUGGCUGGAGCAGCACCCCGUUUGGGCGGACGCAUAGUUGGUGGCUAUGAGGCAGAUAUCAAGGAUAUACAAUUUCAAGUAUCCUUACAAACUUCGUAUCACUUUUGUGGUGGCACUUUAAUAGCCAAACGUUUUGUUUUAACUGCUGCUCAUUGUACUGAUGGUAAAUCGGCUACAAAUCCUCCAUUUAAUGUACGCUUAGGCUCCAAAUAUUCCGCCAAAGAGGGUUUAGUUGUUAAGCCCAUACAAAUCUAUCAGCAUGAGCAAUAUAAUGCCAAUACCAUUGAUUAUGAUUUCUCUAUUUUAAAAUUGGAAGACUAUGAUGAGACGUUGCUGCCUUUCCAAAUUCAAUAUGCCAAAUUACCAUCUAAGGAUGACAUUAAAGAUGGCACAGUUUUAACUGUUUCCGGUUGGGGUAAUACACAAAAUUCUUCAGAAUCACGUGAUGUUUUAAGAGCCGUCAAAGUUCCCAAAGUAAAUGAGGAUGUGUGUGCGAAAGCAUAUAGCGGUUUUGGUGCCAUAACUGAACGUAUGAUUUGUGCUGGACGUCCAGAAGGUGGUAAAGAUGCUUGUCAAGGUGAUUCUGGUGGUCCAUUAUUUAGGAAUAAUGUUAUUUGGGGUGUGGUAUCAUGGGGUUAUGGUUGUGCCAGACCUAAUUAUCCAGGUGUUUAUUCAAGAGUAUCAACGGUAUUGGAAUGGAUUGAGGCAACCGUAGAGGAAUAAGUGUGAAAAGGACAUAACGGCUUUAAAAGAUAUUCGAUGAAUAAAUCAAUUAAAUUUUAAACAAAUUA